AUUCAUUUCACCACGAACGGUAACUCUUGUCAUCAGCAGUUGCUGUUCUUGAGGAGCCUCGCUCUGGAGCCGGCAGACGAGAGCUAUUAUUAACUUUGCGUGGAACAAGGUGGCGAUUCCAGUGCGUUGACUAUUGGUUAUAUUGACAUACAGACAACUAGCGAGAACUAGUUGGGCACUUCUUCAUUCGACUCACACAUUUCUAUAUUUGGAUUUAGGUACAAAAAAAUUAACAAAAUUUUUUUCGGGCAGUCUUCUAAAAAAAACUUUUAAAUUCUAAAGUAAAAAUUUCAGAAAUUUCGUUUUAAAUUGAAUUUUUUUGCCUUGUUGAUCCAAUUAAAUUAAAUUUAUAAAAAGCAACAAUUGCUCAGUGAUUGGGCUGAAUCUUGUAAAAAUAGUGAGUUGAUCCUGGCAUCUGGUUGGUAUCUUAGUCACGUGACAGUCAUCAGUUCCUUUGUGGCUGAGUGUUUGUGACACUGGUCAGAUUUCGUGCGCAGGGACCAAGGCAGCCUCACGCCAUACAGGGCCACAAAACGAACAUCACAAGAACAGAAUGAAGCAUCAGGGACUACGACAAAUUUACGCCAUGGUCUUCACUGUUAUCCUCUUCUGCUGUUUCACCCUCAGUGCGCAUGCGUGGAGAUUAGAUGCAACACCGGAAGAAUAUGAUGAGGGCCUUGGAUUGGAUGCGCCAAGAGCCAAUGACCUUCGACUGCUCAACUGGAUUCUACGUAUGAAAGAACCUUUCUCUAAGGACGACAACUCUGAGUUGGAUCAAGUAAGGGACGCCACCCAACUAUCAAGCCUACUGCCGUCUCCACGCUUUGAGAAGCGCCAACGGCCUUGUUUUUGGAACGUUGUGUCUUGCUACUGACAAACCAUGACAUAAACUAGUUUGAGCCUUGUU